CGUAUUUGAUAAGACAACACGACAUUUGACAUACUGUUGUGCUAAACAAGUGUUUGGAAUUAUAUCUCAAACAUUUAAAAAUUUCCUGAAUAGUUCUACGAGUUUUAACAGCUACUUUAAAAGGAACAAGAGAAAAAAGCCGCAUAAAAAAGCAUAAAGUGUUUUUCUUACAAAAAAAAUGUCCUCGACAGACUCUGAGUCUGAAUGUGAGUUUCCAGUUUCUUCAAACAAAUGGAGCGGCAAAGACAAGCAGUAUAAACAUUACCAAAAUUGCAAAAAAGAAACGCUAUACGUCAAGAAUGAAGGAAAGUGGGAAAAAACACAACCAGAUGAAAAAAGUUUAAAGAAACAAGGAAUUCAAGGAAGCGCCGCUGGAAUGACAAUGGGAGUUGCCAGGGCCGGGGAAACCAUGUUGAUUCGGAAUGGUAUAGGAUAUGCAGCCUGCGCAGACACCAGUGCGGCUAAAGCAGACACCCAGGUUUCUGUUACUGAGCUUGCUAAACUGAAAGUUCUAUCUGCUGCAGCCGAAGCAAAAGCCGGUAAUGCAAGCACAGGAGCUAUGGCUACACCGUUGGGUGCACAAGCAUUUGCUAGCGCAAAUGGUGCUGAAGCUAGCGCAAGUGCUGCUCUUGUUGAACAUGUUAUCGAGGCUAGUGCAAGAGCGGUUACUGCAGAAGCACAAGCUAAUGCAGGCGUUGGAUUGGCGCAUCUUGGAGCCUAUGCAGGUGCCUCGGUGACGACAGCAAAAGUUGAUGCAGGCCUUUCUAAUAUUCCAUUUGCACAAGUUAGUGCCCAAGGACCAGGUGCCGGAGCCGAAACCGGAGUCUCAUGGAAGUAUACAGGAGGAAGCUUUGGAGCACAUGCUGGAGAAGCACAGGCUGGUCCCUUUGCGGUACGAGCUGGAGUUAAAUUUGGUGCUGGAAUUCGAAAUGGUGUCCCGGAAGUUGAUUUGGGGCCGGUGACGUUGCCAUGUUCAAUAAUGUAAUUAAAUGAUGAUUUAAAAUGAUAAUAUUUAUACUAAUAUAA